UGUACACAAGUUUUCAGGUUGGCUAUACCGAGUUAAACAACCAGUGAGAGCACUGACAGCUGAUCGGGAAUCCACAGGUCGAAAAGUUAAAUUUUGUCAUCUCCACGGUUAUAGACAGGCGAACUAUUGUUAUUGUGCGCCACAGGAAACUGUAUUGUCAUUACGACAGUGUUUAUGUUUGUCAAUUGAAAGAGACGCUUGUACGCCGCGGUGCCGGUAUUACAGAAGCGUUUGUAGGUGCGGGUAGAGAGACGCCAAUAAGAAACGCACGAGCGAUCACUCGUAACGGAAAAAAUUUUAAUGAAACUGCGUCGGUCAUUAACAGACGAAUCUGCAAAGAGUUUCUCUAUGUGAUUGAAGACGCUGUUGUUUAGUAUAAUACGCGUAUGCAGUACGAGUUCCUUGUAACAGGUACUGUAGAUAUAGAGGCAAAAUGAAUGACUCAUUUUUGGAAGACUUGGAUUUAAUUCCUAAGGAUACAAAUGCACCUAAGAAUCCUCAGUUGAAUAAUCGAUACAUAACCACACGUUCAAUCCCUUCGAAUGUUCGCACCAAAAAUGAAUUUGACAAUCCAGAGGUGAAGCAAGAAAAGAUCAUUUCUUCAUCAAGUGUACCCAAAACUAAAACUACUCGGCGCAGUGGGAGUCAGGACCCCAGUAAACUGACUGUAACAGAGAAGAAGCCACUCAGCUCAACUCCAAAAUCAGAGAGAAAGAGUCAAGGAGAGGAGAACUUAAUAAAGCCUGUUGAAAAUCAAAUAAAAAUGGACAAUCUUAAAGUAAAGCCACACGAUGUAAAAGCAGUAACUAAAUUGCAGGAAAAUAAAUCUGUGAAAGACCGAAGAAGAUCAGGCAGCUCAACUGGUUCUAGUAGGUUUCUAGAUGUAUCUGGUAAGGAAAACACUCGACCACUGACUGACUCCUCUUCCUCAAGAGAAAGCGGCUCUCAAGCUGAAUUGAAAAAGGAUUUCAGUCGGCGUGCAUCGGAUGGUGUGAGCAGAAAAUCAAGUGACAUAUUGGAGAAAACAGAUCCUGUGAUGUUUUUAAAUGCUAUUAAAGAUCUUGUAAGUAGGUACACUGAACAAGAAACUGUAAAGGUUUUAAGAGCAAUGCAAAAUUUGCACAUCAACUCUCAAGCAAAUCUCAUAAAACAUCUUAUGUUGCAAACAAGUGAAUUAGUCAGAGAACUAGAUCUUCACAAAAAUUCUGGAAAUGUGAAAUCUCUCAUUGAAGAGAACGAGAGGAUGAGAGAAGAUAUAUUUAUACUGAGAGCAAGAAAUGAAGUAUUGCAGAAGAAAGUUGAUGAAAUGGCUUUAAUAAAAGAGGAGAACAUUUCUUUGAAGUUAAAAUUGAAAGAACUGCAGCAGUGAGUCUUCAGACGUGAGUGCUGGUUUGCUUACUUGAUUAAGACUUAUUGUUAAACCUAAUACAUUAUUUAAGUUUUUUAUACGAUCUGAUUAUCCAUUACUCCUUACUGGAUGUAAACCUUUUUUAUACUCCGUUAGUGUAUUUUUUUACAUAUUCAUUAUUAAAAAAAGUUGUUUAUAGUUGUGCUUGUAACUUAUUAUUAAAAGAUUCAUGAGUGCCUUGAGGGGAUGAAUAAAAAUUUUAUACAUAAGAAUAUUAUUUAUUAUUAAGACAAUAUCAAUAAUAUUUAUAUGCUACACUUAGUUAAAUUAUAAAUCUCAGAAUAUGUACAUUUUCUUUGAUGAAUUUACAAAAGGCUUUGCUAAAUAAACAUUCAUGUGUAAAUAAGAAAAAAAAGAAGCUACAACAUGAUUCCGCACAAAUCUCAUGAAAAUGACAUGCAUGUAUGCAAUAGUUGUGUAAUAAAAAAAUAAAAAAA